AUGAUUCUCUUUACAAGAUUGACGGCGGUAAAAAGAACCACCGCCACCGCCACGUUCUCCAUCGGUACUGCUUUCAGAACCCUCAAAACCGCCAUGACAGACCAGAUGAGUAAUGGCAGGGCAAGAGACCACGGAACAAACGACGAUUAUUUUGCUACAAUUCAUCACAUUUCCAACAUUGUGCGCCGUGAUAUCUACUUAGAAAGAACCCUAAAUAAAAUGUGCAUUUCCAGAAUCGUCAAUUCAGAGCUUGUUUAUCGUGUACUCCGCAGCUGUUCCAAUUCAGGUAUCGAAUCUUUCCGUUUCUUCAAUUGGGUUCGAACCCAACACCCCCAAUACGAACCUACCACCGUUGAAUUUGAAGAACUCCUCAAAAUCUUAGCCAAAACCCGCCAUUGGGAGACCAUGUGGAAGGUCGCACACCAGAUGAAAACCCAAAAACUCCCAAUUUCAUCAUCCGUUGUUUCUUUUAUAAUCGAGCAUUAUGGCAAAAACGGGCUUAUCGAUCAAGCUGUUGAGCUUUUUAACAAAUGCAAGAACUUUAAUUGCACCCAAACCACUGAAAUACACAAUUCCUUACUCUUUGCCCUUUGUGAAGUCAAGAAUUUUCAAGGAGCAUAUGCUUUGGUUAGAAGAAUGGUUCGUAAAGGAAUGACCCCAGAUAAAAAAACUUACUCUGUUUUAGUCAACGGGUGGUGCUCUGCUGGAAAGAUGAAAGAAGCCCAAAGUUUUUUAGAAGAAAUGAGUCAAAAGGGGUUCAAUCCACCUGUUCGUGGUCGUGAUCUUUUGAUUGAUGGCUUAUUGAAUGCUGGUUAUCUUGAAUCAGCAAAAGGGUUAGUGCGUAAAAUGACAAAAGAGGGCUUCGUAUGUGAUGUCACCACAUUUAAUACAUUAUCAGAAGCUAUAUGCGAAUGGGGUGAGAUUGAUUUCUGUAUUGCUCUCUACCAUGAUGUUUGUAGAUUAGGGUUAUGUCCUGAUAUCGAUACUUACAAGAUCAUGAUCACUGCAACUUCAAAGAUUGGGAAGAUUGAUGAGGCGUUUAGUGUUCUUUAUAGAUUAAUUGAAGAUGGGAAUAAACCGUUCCCGAGUUUAUAUGCUCCGAUUUUGAAAGGGCUUUUUAGGAAUGGAAGGUUUGAUGAUGCGUUUAGUUUUUUUAGUGAUAUGAAGGUGAAAGGGCAUCCACCAAAUCGACCUGUUUAUAGUAUGAUUUUGAAGAUGUGUGUGCGUGGUGGGAGAUAUGUUGAAGCUGGUAAUUAUUUGAUGGAGAUGAUUGAGUUUAAAUUGUCACCAAUGUCACGACAUUUUGAUAUGGUGACUGAUGGAUUAAAGAAUUGUGGGAAACAUGAUAUGGCUAAGAAGAUAGAGCAGUUGGAAAUAUCACUUCGGGGUAUGUGA